GGCAGGCAGCGGGCCCGCACGUCAGCGGGGCGGGCGGCGGCGGCGCCGUUAAAGGCCGGCGGCGGCAGGGGCUGUGCUCGGAGCCGGCGGCGGAGCGAGGCAGAGCGAGGAGGAGGCGGCGGCGGCUCCUCCGGCCACCAUGUCGGGCACCCGGGCGUCCAACGACCGCACCAGCCACCCCGGCGGCGGCGGGCUCAAGCGGGCGCGCAGCGAGCCGGGCGGUAACAAAGUGACGGUGGUGCUGGGGGCGCAGUGGGGGGACGAAGGCAAAGGCAAGGUGGUUGACCUGUUGGCCACCGAGUCGGACGUGGUGUGCCGGUGCCAGGGUGGUAAUAACGCAGGUCAUACUGUGGUUGUUGAUGGGAAAGAAUAUGAUUUCCACCUGUUUCCUAGUGGCAUCAUUAAUCCAAAGGCAAUUUCUUUCAUUGGUAAUGGAGUGGUUAUACAUUUACCAGGCCUAUUUGAAGAAGCUGAAAAGAAUGAGAAGAAAGGUUUAAAAGAUUGGGAGAAAAGAUUGAUUAUAUCAGAUAGAGCACAUAUAGUGUUUGACUUUCACCAGGCAGUAGAUGGGCUCCAGGAGGUGCAACGUCAAGCACAAGAAGGAAAAAAUAUUGGCACAACAAAGAAGGGGAUUGGACCAACAUAUUCUUCCAAAGCUGCACGAACAGGUCUUCGAAUUUGUGACCUCCUUUCUGACUUUGAUGAAUUUUCUUCAAGAUUUAAAAACCUGGCACAACAAUACAAGUCAAUGUUUCCAACAUUGGAAAUAGAUAUAGAAGGACAACUGAAAAAGCUAAAGGGAUAUGCUGAAAAAAUAAGACCGAUGGUUCGAGAUGGCGUAUAUUUUAUGUAUGAAGCUCUACAUGGCUCCCCAAAGAAGAUCCUUGUUGAAGGAGCCAAUGCAGCACUACUUGAUAUUGACUUUGGCACGUAUCCUUUCGUGACUUCAUCGAACUGCACUGUAGGUGGUGUAUGCACUGGACUUGGUAUUCCCCCCCAGCACGUUGGUGAUGUGUAUGGCGUGGUGAAGGCGUAUACUACUCGGGUGGGAAUUGGAGCCUUCCCAACUGAGCAGAUUAAUGAAAUUGGAGAUCUUUUACAGUCCCGUGGCCACGAAUGGGGAGUAACAACAGGCAGAAAGAGACGCUGUGGCUGGUUAGAUCUUGUCAUUUUGAAAUAUGCUCAUAUGAUCAACGGAUUCACUGCUUUGGCCUUAACAAAGCUGGAUAUUCUUGAUGUCCUUGAUGAGAUUAAAAUUGGUGUUGCUUACAAAUUGGGUGGAAAAAGAAUUCCAUAUUUUCCAGCUAAUCAAGAGAUAUUACAGAAGGUGGAAGUAGAGUACGAAACAAUGCCUGGGUGGAAGACUGACACAACUGGUGCACGAAAAUGGGAGGACCUCCCACCCAAGGCCCAGAAUUACAUCCGAUGUGUGGAAAACCACGUUGGAGUGCCAGUCAAAUGGGUCGGAGUUGGAAAAUCAAGAGAGUCAAUGAUCCAGCUGUUCUAAACAAAGGAAGAACUUCAGUGAUGAGAAGCACAGUUCAGUGUUCAUCUGUUCCUUACUGCUGCUUCUUCAAAUGGAGACACUAUGUAAAACCAACAUGUUCUUCUAGGAAUUGAAUAGAAACAAAAUACGUAUUCUGCAUUGUACCAUUUUAUUUAUCUUAAUGUCUCAGCACAUUCACUGUAAAAUCUACUUGGUGGCCAUCAUCAAAAAAAAAGUGCAUAACGAAGUAAGGAAAAUAUAUAUUUUAAUUUGAGCCAUGUUACUAUUCGAAAGACAUCCAGAGUUAUUCCUUCUUGCUGAAGCUGGUAUUAAACCUUUUCCAGCAGUUACUGGGUGACUUUAGAAUUGUGAAGAUUGCAUUUAUUCUUCAGGUGUUAAAAAGUCUGUGUCUUUAGAUUGGCAGUAAUAAGAGACACUGUGUACUUAGAGUGUAGGAUUAUACAGAUUUUCAAUUUAUAAAAUACAGUAAAGUUAGGUAGGUAUUUUUGACUGCACAAAGCAAAGCAAAUACAAUUAUCUAUAAUUUUUAUAUAACUAUUUUUAUAAGAGCCCACUAAAAUGUAUGGAGAGAAGCUAAAGUAUUUUUAUCACAGAGCCUAUUCUAGUAACUGAAGUGACAUCUGCAGAGGGGCCAAGCUGGAGAAAGUUGACCUAAUAAUUAUUUCAAAUACCCUGUGUACUAACAGGCAGUCCCUGUGGAGACUGUCAGAUGUGCAGUCUUCAUUUUAUGCAGUAGGUAAGGAGUGAAUGAAGAUGGAAGGAAAGGUCCUCAGGGUACAAAACACAUGGGGAGAGUGGAGCCAAAACAACACAUUGUGUUUCCUCAGUGAACCUGAGAUAUUUCUUCCUGCUAAUGCAGUGAUUGUAAUUUCCAACAUUUUACUGUAGUUAUCUGUUGAGGAUCUUGGGACUUGCGGCUCUGUAUGGCACACUCGCUUCCACAGCUCCUAUGUUUCCAAGAAUAAAUCAAUGCAUGACUUAACGAUGACUGCUGCAGUAUUUACACCCCUCACACAUUUUGACCUUCCUCAGCAAAAUGUAAUACCUAAUAAUAGAAGGGGAUGACAUAUGGCAGCCAGGGUUCAGACAUGUAGAAGCCAUGUAUAAGUCCCCAGAAUCUUCAAGAAGGUUGGAUUUCUUUGUGGAACUUCUAUAAUGGCUAUAUCGCAAGAGCUCUCAAAAAAAGACCUACCUCUUGUAGAGGAAAAAGAAUACACUAGAAGCUGAGUUAUUCCAUAACUGGAAUUUUCAGAGUAGUUGUUACUUUUCUAUAUAUGUCUCAGAGAGCUAUAACAAUAUUUUUGUAUCAUUCCCUGAGGCUGUGGAAAAAGGCAUCACAACCAGUAAUGUCAUUAUGUAAUGUGUGAAAAUAAUCCCUUUUCUGUGAUAGUAACUCAAAGGAUACAAGACAAUAACAUUCUUUGCAUCAGAGAUGGGGAGAAACAAAAACCUAUCUUGUGUAACUCAUGUUCAAAAACAUUUGUGUUAAGAAACAAUUGCAAAAGUACUGGCGUAAGCACAUAGCUUGCACUUAUUUUAACUCUUUACAGAUGUGUUGCUGCUGGUAGGGCAGAAUUUUUACACCUUCUCUCUGCAGUACAGUCUCUUCCUACCCGGUUCACCACAGACUAUGCCUUCAUGCCUUAAUCAAAUACUUAACAUCUAAUUAAAAAGAGCCUAAAGCUGUGAAUCCAGAAUUCAGCCACAA